CCAUGGCGGCGGAGGCCGUGGCUUCGCGCCUGCAGCGGCAGGAGGAGGAUAUCCGCCGGCUGUGGGCGGAGGUCGAGCGCCUGAGGGACGAGCAGCUGAGUGCGCCCGAGCGGUGCCCAGCCGAGGGCCCGAGCGUGACACGGGAGGUGGCGCAGCUGCGGGCGGAGAACCGCGACCUGCGCCAGCGCCUGUGCCGCCUGCGGCUGUGCCUGGCCGGGGAGCGGGGCGGGCGGGCGCGGCCGGGGAGCGCGGCGCAGGUGAAACAUCAACCUCAGUUCAUAAAGGAAAGACUAGAGCUUUUUGAAAUGCUAAAGAAAGAUCCUCAGCUCUUACUUGCCGAUAAGGAAAAAAGGAGAAAUUUGAGUAAUGUGAUCACAGUGAGGAUGGGUGAUGGAAAGACAGUGGAAGGGGAAGUCUGGAAGACCACACCCUACCACAUAGCUGCUGACAUUAGUCCAGAGCUGGCUGAAAGCAUUGUAGUGGCGAAGGUCAAUGGUGAACUGUGGGACUUGGACCGUCCCCUGGAAGGGGAUGCCACUCUGGAGCUGUUGACAUUUGACCAUGAGGAGGCCCAGGCUGUGUAUUGGCACUCCAGUGCCCACAUCCUUGGCGAGGCCAUGGAGCUUCACUAUGGCGGCCACUUGUGCUACGGGCCACCCAUUGAAAAUGGAUUCUAUUAUGACAUGUUCCUUGCGGACAGAGUGGUGUCCAGCACAGAACUGCUGGCACUGGAGAACACCUGUAAGACCAUCAUCAAAGAAAAGCAGCCUUUUGAGAGACUAGAGGUCAACAAGGAAACCCUCCUGGAAAUGUUCACGUACAAUCAAUUCAAAUGCCGCAUCCUGAACGAGAAGGUGAAGACUCCAACUACCACCGUCUACAGGUGUGGCCCACUGAUUGACCUUUGUAAAGGCCCCCAUGUAAGACACACUGGAAAAAUCAAAGCCAUAAAAAUCUUCAAGAACUCCUCAACAUAUUGGGAGGGCAAUCCUGAAAUGGAAACCCUGCAGCGGAUCUAUGGGAUAUCGUUUCCUGAUGACAAGAUGAUGAAAACCUGGGAGAAGUUCCAGGAAGAAGCCAAGAACCGUGAUCACAGGAAAAUUGGGAAAGAGCAAGAACUUUUCUUCUUCCAUGAUCUGAGCCCUGGGAGUUGUUUCUUCCUUCCCAGAGGAGCCUUCAUUUAUAAUACACUUAUGGAUUUCAUACGAGAGGAGUAUCACCAGCGUAACUUCACAGAGGUGCUCUCCCCCAACGUGUUCAACAGCAAAGUCUGGGAAGCUUCUGGCCACUGGCAACAUUACAGUGAGAACAUGUUCACUUUUGAUAUUGAAAAGGACACUUUUGCCCUGAAGCCCAUGAAUUGUCCUGGGCACUGUCUCAUGUUUGCCCACCGCCCACGCUCUUGGCGGGAAAUGCCUCUCCGACUGGCCGAUUUUGGAGUUCUCCAUCGAAAUGAGCUGUCAGGGACGCUGAGCGGCUUGACCCGAGUACGGCGCUUCCAGCAGGACGACGCUCACAUCUUCUGCACCGUUGAGCAGAUUGAAGAAGAGAUAAAGGGGUGUCUGCAGUUUUUGCAGUCGGUCUACUCAACAUUUGGUUUUUCCUUUCAAUUAAAUUUGUCAACAAGACCUGAGAACUUCCUGGGAGAGAUUGAAAUAUGGGAUACAGCUGAAAAGCAACUGCAGAAUAGCUUGACAGAAUUUGGAAAACCUUGGAAGAUGAACCCAGGAGAUGGAGCAUUCUAUGGCCCUAAAAUUGACAUAAAAAUCAAGGACGCCAUUGGCAGAUACCAUCAGUGUGCUACAAUCCAGCUGGACUUCCAACUGCCUAUCAGGUUUAACCUCACAUAUGUUAGUAAGGAUGGAGAUGAUAAGAAGCACCCUGUGAUCAUUCAUCGAGCCAUUCUGGGAUCAGUGGAAAGAAUGAUCGCCAUUCUCUCAGAAAACUAUGGUGGAAAAUGGCCUUUCUGGUUGUCUCCUCGUCAGAUAAUGGUCAUCCCUGUGGGACCAACUUGUGAAGAAUAUGCACUUAAGGUUUCCAGUGAAUUUUUUGAAGAAGGCUUCAUGGUGGAUGUUGAUUUAGACCGCAGCUGUACUCUGAAUAAGAAAAUACGGAAUGCACAGCUGGCGCAGUAUAAUUUCAUUUUGGUGGUCGGAGAAAAAGAAAAGACAAAUCAUGCUGUAAACGUUCGAACAAGAGACAACAAAAUCCAUGGGGAGAUCUCAGCAGCUUCUGCCAUUGAUAAAUUGAAGAGCCUCCAGAAGUCCCGUACCCUGAACGCCGAGGAAGACUUUUGAACUAGUGUGCUCUGCUGGGCCACCUUGUCUUGACCCUUGAAAACGCACUUUGCUUAAUUUGCAGUAGUACUUUCAGAGCUGGACCCCUGAUGGGCCCACUGGUGUCACAGUGAGAAACAGUGAAUGAGUAGCUGAUAUAGAGAGUUGAGUUCACUGAUUAGUAUGGAAGCAAUAAGAAGAUAAACUUGGGAAAGUCUCGAAUGCUUUGAGUGGGGGGCUAUGUCAGUCACUGAGAGUAGGGAAUACUAGCAGAUGAAGACUAGAAGAUGCCUUUGUUAAAAUUUGUGAUUUCUUUUUCCAAAGACAAACUUCAAAUAAUAGUCUGCAAAGUCUAUUUGAAUGGGAAGGAGGAUCUUAUUUUCUACAAACAUUUUGUCUCAGGUAUUUUUAUGGCUGUUUUACUAUAAAAGUUCGCACUGAAAUUUUAUCUCCAGAAUUAGAAUCAUCACUUAAUUUGUUUUAACAACCCAAAAGGAGGUAGUCAAAUAUGUGGCCACGAUCUCUUCAUCUGUAUGCAAAGAACUGUGAACCUCAGUGCUGCAAAAUCUUUUGUUAUUUGUCCUGUAGGCUGUUGAGUUGCCGUUGUUUUAUGCCUUUUAUUGACUUUAGUUGAACCUUGUUCCUCUUUAGAAAAAAUAAGUUCCCAAAUAAAACGCAUCACACAGUG